AUGGAAGAAGAAGAUGGUAGAAUAAGUAUUGACUCAAAUGAUGAUAAUCGUAACUUAUUAUUAAUUGAACAUGAUAAUGAAAAAAGAAAUCGAACAACAAGAUUGUUUCAUGUCACAAGAUUUUGUCGACUUAAAUCCAUCGCGAAAAAAGUUAGAAGAAAUAUCUUGAGAAGUGAAAUAAAAAACGGUGUUGUACAAGUUUGGUUUCAAAAUGCUCGAGCAAAAGAAAAGAAAAAUCCUCACUUUUUCAAAUCAGAUCUUCCAGAUGAAUAUCAACCAACGAAUGAACAAUGUAAAUUAUGUCAAUGCAAAUAUACUUUACAAAAUCCUCAAAGAGAUCAUUUAUUUACUACAAAACAUAUUGAAAAUAUUCGUUGUAUUCUAUCCAAACAGAUCUCAUCUAAUGUUGCAACGAUAAAAGAUGAUCAAAAUUAUAAACAGAACAGUAUCAAUGUGAAAUUAGAUUUAGAUAAUUUACCAACAUCAGUAUCAGACAAAUCAACUUAUGUCUUGUUUAAGUUUGAUGCGUCUCAUGUCACUUGA